AUGCUUUUCUCAACUUCCCUCAUCCUACCAUUAGCGCUUCUAUGCCAGACUGCUUCUUCUUUGAGUGUACCCUCAGUAUCGGGAGGUCUAAGCUUGGCCCGAAGAAAUCAACAAGACGCCAAAGCCAUCUCUCAACCUUGUAUCGAUAAAAUCCAAAAGAAACAAGCCGAGGUUAAAGAACAUUGUAAAGAUGCACAAGCUCAGGUACUUGUUGAGACUGACUUACAAGUUGUUGUUCAAACUUUUGAAGAAUUCAUCGUGGAGAUGAACAAAUGCAACUGUACCGGUAAAGAUGAAAUCGACCUCGAGUGGUACAAGGAACUUGUUAUCAACGUCUUUGCUUCUGUUCAAGUUGUCAUCGAGAUCGUUGUAGGAACUCAAGACCAAAGUCUCAUUGAAGUUGCUCAAGACGUAUUUGCUCAAUUCAAGGUUCACGUUGCCAACUUUAUCGACCUCGUGAUCACGAUCGAUGUUCAAGUAGCCGUUGCCAUUCGUGAUAAUGUUGAUGCAGCUGCAUAUGCCGCUGUUGGAGUUGACAUCGUCGAGCUCAUUGACGGAAAGGUUGCUGGAGAAACAUCUGGAAAAGAACCUGAGAAACAAGCCCCUGUGAAGAAGGGAGAUGGUGAUCACACUGGUCAUCCUUAA